CUCAUUUACACGGAAACGAAAGGGCCACUUCCGGUUUUGCAACCCGUGGGUGCCCGCGGCGUAAAUCGGCCCUUCAGGGCCUUAUUCGGAAGCUCCGCCUUUGCUUGGGUCUUUCUGGAAAGACAGUUUUGAUCUGGACCGAGUGGGGCAGCGUCCCGGGCUCCUGCGUGUUUCCCAUGGCGGAUACGACCCCGAACGGCCCCCAAGGGGCGGGUGCUGUGCAAUUCAUGAUGACCAAUAAACUGGAUACGGCCAUGUGGCUUUCUCGCUUGUUCACGGUUUAUUGCUCCGCUCUGUUUGUUCUGCCUCUUCUCGGGUUGCAUGAGGCAGCAAGCUUUUACCAGCGUGCUUUGCUGGCGAAUGCUCUCACCAGUGCUCUGAGACUGCAUCAGAGAUUACCACACUUCCAGUUAAGCAGAGCCUUCCUGGCUCAGGCCUUGUUAGAGGACAGCUGUCACUACCUGCUGUAUUCACUCAUUUUCGUCAACUCCUACCCUGUUACAAUGAGUAUUUUCCCAGUCUUGUUGUUUUCUUUGCUUCAUGCUGCCACAUACACUAAGAAGGUCCUGGAUGCAAAGGGUUCAAAUAGUUUACCUCUGCUGAGAUCUGUCUUGGAUAAAUUAAGUGCUAACCAACAAAAUAUUCUGAAAUUCAUUGCUUGCAAUGAAAUAUUCUUGAUGCCGGCUACAGUUUUUAUGCUCUUUAGUGGUCAAGGAAGUUUGCUCCAGCCUUUUAUAUACUAUAGAUUUUUGACUCUUCGCUAUUCCUCUAGAAGAAAUCCAUAUUGUCGGAACUUGUUCAAUGAGCUGAGGAUUGUUGUUGAGCACAUUAUAAUGAAGCCCUCCUGCCCACUGUUUGUGAGAAGACUUUGUCUCCAGAGCAUCGCCUUCAUUAGCAGACUGGCUCCAACAGUUGCGUAGUUUAAGUCUAGUUAAGCUGGGAAUAGAGGAUAAGCAUUAGUAGCUGGUAAUAUGGAUAGGGGUCUCAAAUGACAGGUCUAACACCAACCUCAGUUCAAUUUACAUGAUUUACAUAAGUGCAUCUCAGUGCAAAAUAAUCAUUUCCUGGCAUGUUAGUCAAGCCUUUAAUAGUUUCUGAGAAAAUUUUUCUGUACAUGUUCGUGGUUAUGUAAGUUUUUUAUUUAAUGAUAAAUGUUACUAAAUUGUUUUAGAUGCUGCUGUGCCUACAUCAUGAAAUACAUUUAUUUCUUUUAAAAAGAAUUCCGAAACUUGUUUUAUCCUAACCAGUAACCCAAGUUACAUUUGGAAUGAGCUCAUUAUGGUAAUAGAUGAAUUCAGUAUGUUUUGAGGCAGUAUUUUUCCCAGUGAUUUUGGUUGGGAUUUUAACAGACGCCCAUCCCCCUGCAGUUUGAUUUCACAUUCAGCUGAUCUUGUGAUGGUUUGCUAGGACAAAUGUGUUUAGCCUGCACCAUUACAAGGGAAAUUCUGUGUCUAUUUUUUGACCUGCUAUGCUUUCGUUUCCAUUAGUAUAUCUGUGGCUUUGGUUGUGUUUGAAUCUGGCUUGACUGUAAGCCUGUUUUGGCUUAGCUAUAUGGUGUCAUAGAACCAUUUACUCUAGAAGGUGGUAGUGACCACACAGCAUCGGAGACCUACUAAGUAACUUUUACAAAUGUCCACAGAUAGAUUACCAGUGUUGCUAUAGUUUGUAGAAAUACUUAGUUCAGAUUCUUGACUCCAGUUUUCUUGGUUUCUUAGGCUUGAAAUGUCCUAGAAAUUUGCAGCAGCAGUUCUGAUGCCUUUGAAAGGAUGAGACUGAAGAUUGAGCAUGUGAUUACACUUGUAUUUUUUGAAAUAAUGAAGAAUGUUCUGUAGAUUACAUGUUUAUCCAGCAAAUACAAAUCAAAAGGUUGAGUGGAAAGGUUUAUAGGUAAUGUAAUUAAACAGGCCUGGGGAAUAGUUGAGGGAUAGUGGGUGUUCCAGCCUGGUAGUACAUCCAUGAGCUUGGGGGACUGGAUGUACAAUAUAAUGCAUCUAUAUGAUUGGGGCUGGAUAAUAUGUUCAAGACUUUUAAUUGAGUUCCCAUAAAUUCCCUUAUAAAAGUUAUUUUGAUCUUUGUUACUGUUGCAUGAUUGGAAAUGCUUAAAACACUGCACAAUUUUAGUAUAAGGUAAUGUAAUGUUGUGGUCUUUUUUUGUACCCAGUUCUCUUCUAUCUGCAUGUAAUUUGGAUUUCUCAAAUACAUCCAUUAGUAAUUUAUAACAUCAGUUUUCUUUUUGUUUAAGCUCCUAAUCUGUAGAGAAGUGAUAGUCUUAGGAUAGAUUUCCAGAAAAUACAACCUGAUAGCUUAGCUUUAACCAGGUACUUUUACAUUUUUAUAACAGUUAUCCACCAAGUUGGAGACUUUUUAUGUAUGUGCCUAGCCUCCUUAUCACUAUCUAUGAAAUCUGAUGGUUUGAAAACGCCAGCUUGGUAGAGCAAUGAAGUGACUGUAAUGUUAUGUAAGCGUACUGAUUUCUAAUGAUGAUUUAAAACAUUUUGUCUUGAAUGACAUCAAGUUCUGGCAGCUAAAGGCAUAUUUAUUUUGAAAUUUUCUUCCCGCCAUCUUUUUUUUCAGUCUUGGAACAUUUUAGAUUCCUGAGAAGUUCAAAAUAGUGCUGAGAUUUCCUUACUUAUCUAUUUUUAUAUUACCAUCUUUUAAUUGGUAGGACAUUUAUGCAAAGUAAGAUAAUAACCUUGAAUUAACUAAAGUACAAAAUUUAUUUGGAUUCCAACAAUUUUUCUAUUUGUUGUAUGUGUGUGCUGUGUUUGUACCAGGAUUGCCUUUUGUGUUUCAAAGCGUAUAAGUGAGUUUUUGGUCUUUAUAAUAAUGGUACUUCCUGAGAGGAGCUUAUUCAUGCUGGCUUUAAAAAGAGCUUUGUCCUUAAAACUGUAAUUUCAGCUGUUUAGUGAUUUAAAUUCAGACUUUUUAAUGAUGCUGCAGAAUUACAUUAUUUCUGAUAUACUCAUGCUUUAAUGGAAAUAUAGAUUAGUUCCUUGAAGAUGUAGAAUAUAAAUAAUAUUCUCAAACUUAUGAAAAGGCAAAUUUUAUUUUAUUUUAUUUUUUGGUUUUUCGAGACAGGGUUUCUCUGUGGCUUUGGAGCCUGUCCUGGAACUAGCUCUUGUUGACCAGGCUGGUCUCGAACUCACAGAGAUCCGCCUGCCUCUGCCUCCCAAGUGCUGGGAUUAAAGGCGUGCGCCACCACCGCCUGGCGAAAAGGCAAAUUUUAUAAUUUGAAUGUUACUAGAUGUUAGUUUGCAUGAAACUGUAGUUAGAAAUAUCACGUGCGUGAAUGUGUACAAUCAGCUGAUCUUGAAUCUGAAAUUAGUGUUUCCAUGUACACCUGUCAAAGUAUAGGAAAUGUAAUCUUGCAUAAAGUGAUGAGCUGGGGAAAUGUAACACUGUACUGCAGAGCUCAACAGUGUAAAGGAAGUUGGUUUAUUAUCUUCAAUCUCUGGUCCUCUGGGAACUGGAACAGUGCUGUCUUUUAAAGCCCAUUGGACAGAUGGAAGCUUCCUACAAACCCUGUUCUCUAGCAAGCAUUUUAUAUUCCUUUGUAUACGUCAUGUCUUACUGAGUUGGAUGGAUUUUUUUUGCUUACUGUUUUGUUUUCGAGACAGGGUUUCUUUGUGUAGUCCUGGCUGUCCUGGAACUAGCUCUUGUAGACCAGGCUGGCCUCAAACUCACAGAGAUCCUCCUGCCUCUGCCUGCUGAGUGCUGGGAUUAAAGGUGUGCACCACCACUGCCUGGCAAGUUGGCUGUAUUUUCAUAUUAAGCCCCAGAGCAAUUUCUUAAGAGUAAUUUGUAUUUAAAUUUCCUUGAACAAGCUUAAUAACAAACCAGAAGCUCUGGUAAAUCAAUGGAUUCUGUUAAAUAAGAAUCACAAAGCCCCAGUGCAUCUAAAGAGAGAGACAAAAGUUUGAAUUGGGUUUGUGAGUUUAGCAAAUAUCCUGGGAAGGAAAGUGGAUGCGUAUGUAACAAGACAAGCAGAACUUGAGUUCUCUAAAACUCCAUCCCGGGAGAAGAUAGCCAUGCACAGUUAAUGUUAUAAUCAGUAGGUGUCACUCUUUCCUUGGAUACUCCCCAUUUUUACAGUUGUGUUAGGUUAAAUGCUAUGCUACUGAAAAUGCUUAGCUGUCCAUCACACUAAGAAUUUUAAUCCUGUAAUCUCUUUAAUUCAAUAUUGGACAAUUGGUAAGUACUUACUGUGCAUGCUGGGAGAUGGGACUGGGGACUGACACCUUAUUCUACCCCUGAGCUAUACUCCCGUCUUGGGAGUACUGCUUUACAAUAUAAAGCGUUCAGAAGAAGCGCACUGUCAGUGGGAGUGGCAUCGUGCUGCUGUCUCAUCUCACCAUUCUCGGCCUCAGUAACCUGAGAUAUCAAUUGUAAGAUUAUUGUUUCCUUUAUCAAGUGUAGAAAAAUGAUAGUUACUUUUUUCAUCCUUUCUUAUAUAGAGAGGUGAAACUUUAAUUUUUUUCCAUCAUUUGUAGGUAUACUGGAUAGAAUCUACAUAACCUAUGUGAUUGAGACUUUCCCAGUGAUUUGAAAGCACCUAACAGUUUGGGUAUUCCAUCAGGAGCGCUCCCUGAGUUUGAAAAUCAAGUGUAGUUUAUAAAGACAAGUUUUUCUUAGCACCACUGAAAUUCCCUAGGACCAGGGGAAUUCCACACAGGCAGUGUGUUGGUGAGCUUGGCAGACAGUGUACUGGAGAAUGUAAUACCUUUGAAAAGUCUGCAGUUGUUUCUCCACAGUUCUUCGGUGCACACAGGCUCCUAUAGUCCUAGCUACAAACUGGAGCUGGUGUCAAGGGUGUCAAAGGAGCUCCUGGGAGUUUAGAAGAUGUCCUGUGAUUCAUCACUGAGGUUUUUGUGAUUUGAGUUGGCAUUUAAGUGACCUAUCCAAAAUGGACCCAUUCUUGGGGGAAGGCUUGUCUCCGGUCUCCCUUUCGGUGUUGUCUGCUGUGUAACUGACCCACACUGAGUUUGAGCUGGUAGUGGCGUGACAAAUGCAGUAUUCUCUGUAUUGGAAAUGGAUUCUCUCUCUUAGAAAACAGUAGGGAAAGAUGAUUGAUAGCUAUGUUUGCUAGAGUCUUAAACAAUUGGCUGUUGUAGGAGAAAGAAGGGCCCAAGAAUCAAUUUUUUUCUUUCCUAGCUUGUUGCUUUCUUUCUCCCUUCCUCUUCUCCCUUCCUUCCUCCCCCCACCUCAUCCCCACCCCCAAUCCCAACAGGGUUUCUCUGUUUAGCCCUGACUGUCCUGGAACUCCUGUAGACCAGGCUGGCCUCGAACUCAGGGAUCCGCCUGCCUCUGACUCCCACCUUUUCUAGCUUUCUACAGCUACAUUUAAAAAGCCUAUUGUUCAUAACAUUGAAUUCCAAGCUUUUACUAUUCUUUUGUAACUUCAAGAACAUUUCCCUUUGACAUAGUUUUUGUCUGCAUAUGUCUGUAAAUUGAGACCAAAAGAGCAAAAUCUGGGGCAGGGAACACUUAUGAUGUGCAUAUAUUGGAGCAAAUAUACAAGGAUUGCAAAGAUUAGAAAGAGUCAUGGAAAUUGCUUGAUUUAAUAAAUGCAUCACUUCUGGUGCUUGAUAUAAUGGGAUAUAUUGAACUAAAAAAUUGUAUAUAUAGUAUGUCAGCAUUUCUUACUAACUUCUCUUGAAUACAUUUUUAAUAUAUUGUACAGGUUAGGGAGUUAUAUAUACUCUUGAAGCCAAUACUAUCCAGACUGUAGAUUUAUAAAAUAAAUUGAAAAAUUCAUCAUUCUCCUGUAUUCAAGACCAAAGCUCAUAAUGCUAAUGUAGGGCUCAGAGGGGAAAUAUAGUUCUCCUGCAUAUUUGAGAAAAUGUGAAGUCCUUUCAAGAAAAUGUAAUAAACAUAAUAAUCAUAGCCUGCUGACACUGAGGAAAAGGGACCUCCUUCGCUCUUUCUUUUAUGCAGCGAUUUUCUGGUCUCUGCUGAUUUCAAAUUGGAUCACUGUAGUAAAUUAUCCAUGCUGGUUUGUGCAAGUAAGCCCUAGGAUCCAUAUUUGUUUUGUGUUCUGCUUAAAUCAGCAAGAAUGAUAAAUUUGAUGGUGUGAAAUUGGAAGUAUCAAGGGCUUUCUUUGAUGAUUGAGCAAAGUCUUCACCUGUAAUUUUUGUGACCCUUUUUCAGUGUAUGUGCUUCAUAUGUCUAAUAUUUAUUUCAAUAUAAAUUAGAUUGUUCUUCCUUCAUCUAUAAUGUUAUACCUAACAUUUUGUUGAUGUAAAGUCAAAUUGUGUAAUAAAAGUCUUCCUGGAUUUAA